AUGAAAAUAAUUUUCACUUAUCCGAAGAAAAAGAGAAAGAUAUUAGAAAUACAGCCUACAACGACACAUGAUGAAGCUGAAGCAAUGCUUCGUAAAGAAUUUCAGCUGGAACGAUUAACAGGAAAAGCAAAAUUUGUUCAUAGAGGUCAAUUUCUCUUUGAAAUUGAGCCAUUCAUUGGCCUUAAAGAGUUUUCAGAAGUUAUAUUCUAUCUAGUGAAACCACAUAUUAGUCAUCGCGAGCACGAUCAUGAUUUUCCAUUUUUCGAUUUAUUUGGUCAUCACAACGAAGAUUACGAAGAAGAUUAUGACGAAAAUCAGUACACAGAGGAUGAGGAAGAUGAAGCCAGCGAUAACAACUUCUACAGUGAGGAACGAGUCACAGAAUUUCUUGACAAUGGAGAUAUCGAAAGAAUUGCACAAAAUUUUGUUAACCAAGUUCAUCUAAAUGAUGUAAUAAGCCAAGAAAACUCCAUAUACAAUAGAAUCGAUGAAAUAGCUGUUGCUAGUAACGUAAUUUCUUCGAAUCCUUCGAAUUUUGUUCCACUUCUUCAUACACAUCUUAUUAAUACAGGCGUCUCAGAGCACAGUGAUGAACAUAUAUUCGAUCAAAUCUGCGCAAUUAUGGACGUAGACAACGAAUUCAACGAAUUUGAAGACGAAGACUUCGCAUUGGUCGAUACUCUUACAGCACGACAGAGAUCAGCAGUCAAUACAUUACUACAGCAACGAAUUGACUUGAGACAAGCAGUUGAAAUUCUUCGAAGAAAUAACUUCGAUACAGAGAGAGCUCUUCAAGAAAUAGCUCCUAUCGAAAUAGACUAA